AUGGCAGUCUUCCGCUCACUAUCAGUCACUACAUUUCGCAUUCUGUUGUUAACUUUCUUGCCGUCUCUUCUGUGCUUCACGUCUACUGAUGCACACAAGCGCAACGGAAAAAUUACCAUCAAGUGGGAUAUCAUGUCUUGGACUCCAGAUGUAUACAUUGUUAAUGUUUCGAUCUACAACUUUCAGAAGUACCGUCCUAUUCAAGCACCAGGAUGGCAACUAGGUUGGACAUGGUCCGACAGAGAAGUAAUUUGGAGUGCACGUGGAGGUCAUGCUACUGAGAGAGGGGAUUGUUCACAGUUCAAAGGGAACAUCCCUUAUUGUUGUGGAGUAAUUAACUCGUGGAUUCAAGAUCCUGGGAAAGCUGUGAGCUCAUUCGAGCUCGAUGUUGGUCAUGCUUUCCCAAGUAUAAGAAGAGUGAGGAAGCCUAAAAGAUUUACCCUCAAAGCACCAGGAUAUUACUGUAGGGGUGCAAAAACGGUGGUAUCAAGCAAGUUUCCGACUCAAAAUGGAACGAUUGCUAAAGCUUUGAGUAAGUUAUAG